CACGGUUUUUAAACUUUAUUAUUCCUAUUUCGAAAUGUCAUAUUUUAAACUUCAGUAAAAACAAAGCGAUUUUCAAUAAGACAUUUUUAGGCCAUUAACGUUAUCCAUAACGAUACGAUCUCAUCACGAGUUUUUUUGAACGAAAAAUUGUUUUAUGACAGCUAAUAUAUUCCCGCAUCUAUUAAAUUGUUUUUUAAAAGAAAAUAUUAAUGUAAUAAUUCUAGUUUUAUACGAGACGAUUCAAAAUUCUCCACAUAAAACGCACUUGUAAUACACAGCUUAACAUCAGAUGUGUUAACACGUGUUUGCCACAAGUGGGAUGUAUGCAUUUAUGUUCGUGCACUUAAAUGAUACUAACAUAGAUCAUAUUCUGUGACUGUAUAAAAUAAAAUACGCAUCUUGGGGGCCAGUUUACCGGUAAAAAUAUUGGGGAGAUAUAUCACUUAUAAAUCGCCCGUUAAAGAUUUUGAAAUGAAGCCACCUGAUAGAAAACGUCACUUCAGUUCUUGGCAUAUCUUAAUUAUUUUUAUCAUAGUCUAUAUUAUCAACAGUAUAUGGUACAUACAACAGUUUAACCCGACGUCUCAACCCAAGCCUCUUCCUAGCAUACAUUGGUGGAAAAAAUCUUACGAGAAUUAUAAUUUAACUUAUAUUAAUCUUACAACGGAUUUUGAUACGUUAAUAGACUACAAAGGAUUUAAAUUUUUGCUCAACAGCCGUAAAUGCGAUGAUCAACCUAAAUUAUUUCUUAUUAUAUUUGUGCACAGUUCUCCGACUCACUUUCAGAGAAGAGCGACCAUACGCUCCACGUGGGGAAAAGAUCGUACCGUGGCUGGCAAAUCUGUCCGUUUAGUGUUUAUGCUUGGUACUGUAAACGAUCUUCAACUACAACAGAGCAUAAUUAGAGAACAGCAACUCUUUGGUGAUUUAGUUCAGGGAAAUUUCGUGGACAGUUAUCGCAAUCUCACUUAUAAACACGUGAUGGGACUUAAAUGGGUUACUUAUUUUUGCCGUCAGGUGAAAUAUAUUUUAAAGACUGACGAUGACGUUUACGUGGACAUAUUUCAAUUUAUUAGUUACCUAUACGCAGCAUUUGGAUAUUUUCCAUCACCAAAUUUAAUGAUGUGUUUUGUUAUUCCUUCCCCAAAUCCAAAGAGAAGCCAACGUAGCAAGUGGAGAGUUUCGUUUAAAGAAUAUAGAAAUCAAAAAUAUCCACCGUAUUGCUCGGGAUGGGCCAUUGUCACGUCACCCGAUGUUGUUUUUCGCCUUUAUAUAGAAUCCUUCCGUGUUCCAUAUUUCUGGGUGGAUGAUGUCUACGUAUCGGGGAUAUUAGCUCAAAAACUGAAUAUUCACCAUAUUGAUCUGACUUAUAAAUUAGCUAUCACUAACCAAAAAAUAACUCAGUGGCUAGAGGACGAUAAACUCAGUCUUCCUAGUUUAUUUGGCUAUCCAGAUAUGGACAUUUCUACAAUUAAUGCAUUGUGGAAGAAAACUUUGCACUAUUACAUGAACAAAGACAAACAGAUUUUACAAUAGUGCCAAAUUUUCUUCCCUUCUCUGGAUGACUUUUUUAUAAUUAAAUUUCAAAUUUAACAAUAAAUUUUUAUUCCAUGAAUAUGAAUAUCGUAAAAAAUUCUGGUGGUGCAAACUACAUUUUGAUGUCUGUACAACACAGAGAGACUUGUAUAAUUAAAAAAAAACACACACUUUUCCAGUCAUAAUAUGUACAUUUUAUGUAUAUACUCUUUCAUAUACUUGUAUAAAAACAUGAAAUUGUUAAGUUAAUAAAUAUGUUUUGUUUUUA